AUGCAGCGUCGGAUGAAUUUCACGACUGUGUAUCUCCGGACCGAAGACCGAAUACUGGGUUACAAAGACCAGUACGGGGCGUGGCGUGGUGUGGUCAACGAGUUGGUCACCAGGAAAGCGGACGUGGGGAUUAACCUCCUUGCGAUGACCACGGAAAGGCUUGAGGCAAUAGACUUCCUGCCGCCCAUCCUAAAUGACAGAAUGAUGGUACAUAUACGAAAAGACAAAAUGGAGAUCAGCACAGUUCGUCAUAUACUGUCUCCGUUCGCACUCAAACUGUGGCUAGCUGUUAGUUUGGUUAUAAUUGUGUUCGCUGUGCUUCUAGCUGUAACCGCGGCCAUAAAUCUAAAGUACAGUCACGAAAAGGUUCUUGCGCUACGUCACUUCAGUCUCCAGAAUUCGUGGUGGUGUGUGCUCGGAAUUUUCUGUCAGCAAGCGACUGUCGAGAUAUCGAAUCAUCCUGCAGGCCAGGAUAUCACACCUCGAUCAUGGUCCUGUCGCCUGGUCCACGCGACGCUGUGUCUGACGGCCGCGGUCCUGUUCGCUGCAUACUCGGCCACCUUCGUCUCCUUCCUCACCGUGAGGCGUUACGAGCUGCCGUUCUCCGACUUCCGGGGCCUCUUGAAGAACGGGAAGUACCGACUUGGAAUACUCCAUGGGUCUUCCACUACAAAUUACUUCCAGAAGGCAAGAGAUCCCAUUCUGCUUGACGUAUACAAGAAACUGAUACAACCAAAUGAGGACAGUUUUGUAGCGGAUGACAUAGAAGGGUUACGAAACGUCUGUCACUCACACAAUUACGCCUACGUCAUAUCAAUUUACAAUUCCAUUCCGGCGCUGUCAAAGUACAUACAUUGCAGUAUCACCGGAGUUCCCGAAGCCUAUUAUUCUUACACAGCAUCAAUCAUAAUCACCAAGGAUAAUCCAUACAAGAAGCUAUUUCAGCGACACGUUCAGGAAAUGAGACGGUCUGGCAUUCUGAACCGCAUAAGGAAAGACGCCUGGUGGGAAGAUUUGGAAGACGAUUUUCGAGGUGCAUCGGCUGGUGGUACAACGCUGGAUACCGUUACAGUCUUCUACCACAUUCUAGCCGCAGGUCUACUACUGUCCACGUUCCUUGUAGUUCUGGAAAAGAUGUGGUGGAAAAUGAGAGUUCAAUUCAGAAACAAAUCUUGA